AAUGGCGGCAGUAACGACCGCUUUGAAUUUCAGCUCAGCGGAUAAAGUUUAAAAUAACCCUCGAACCGAGGAGUGUUAAUUACACCGGGAUAUGCACACGGAGUAGACUUAUUAAGGAGGUAUCAAUCAUGGACUCUGUUGUAGGGGAAGACCCGACCCUACCUCUUGAUUUCAAUAGCAGUUCCAACAUGUCCAGGAUCCCCGAUAUGGCAGGUGUUGGAGACAGCAGUUACUCCCAGGAUUAUGUGGCAGUGCCUAGCUAUUUACCUGGGGAAAAAACAUCUCCAACCAAAGCACGGGCGAUGAGAGAAUAUGAAAAUCAAAUCACUGACCUGAAGAAGGAAAAUUUCAACCUGAAGCUUCGCAUCUACUUCCUGGAGGAGAGGAUGCAACAGAAGUUUGAUGAUGCCAGUGAGGAUAUCUAUAAAACUAACAUUGAACUGAAGGUCGAGGUGGAAAGUCUGAAGCGUGAUUUGCAAGAGAAGCAAGAACUGCUUAUUAAAGCCUCAAAAGCUGUUGAGAGCCUUGCUGGAAACAACAGUGGUGAGCUUCAUCGUAUGAAAGAAAGAUCGAAGAGAGAGUUGGAGCAAAUGAAGGAGAUUUUUGACAAGAAGAUUGAAGAACUGGAAGAGAAUCUUAAAGCUGCCCAGGAUGACGUAGAGAAAAUGGCUGACAUUGCAGAGCAAGAAAAAUUAAGGAAUAUGGAGAUGGAAAAACAGCUGCUAUCUAUUACUGUUUCAAAUCCGAAUGUAACGGUUCCUGGUAUAGAUAUAAAAGAGCGCUUGAAGGAAAAGGACAAUAUUAUUGAACAACUGAGUUAUUCAUUGAAAAACAAAGGUGCUGUUAUUGAACAACUUCAAAAUGAAAACGCAAAACUGGAAGACUGCAGCAGUGAACUGUAUCCUCUUAGAGAGAAGAUCAGUGAACUUACUGAAGCUCUGCAUGGAAAGGAAGGAGAAGCAGAGGCCCUGAAAAACGAACUGGCAAAGGAAAAGAUAAGCUAUCAAAGAGAAAUUCAGAGCCUGGCUGAAAAACAUAAAGAACUGUCCAACCUGGAAGCAACUACCCGACAGUUAACUGGAGAACUGGAGAGCACUAGAAUGAUGAUCGAUACUCUGAAAAAGAGAUUGGAAGAAGCAGAUGAAGACAAUAAGAAUCUCAACAGAAGGCUUGAAGAAAGGGUCAAUGAACUGGCUUUUGAAAAGAAAAACAGUCUGAAGAGAGACAAAACUAUCCAAGGCCUUAGUCUUGUGCUCAAGGAUAAAGAUAAGGAGAUAGAGGAGCUUUGCCAUGAAAUUGAAGACCGGGAAAAUGCUUUAGUAAAGGCCAGAGAAGCUGCCCACAAGGCACAAAUCCAGAAAUACCAGGGUGCUGAGGAGCAUCAGAGUCUCCUGACAGAGAAGGAAGCUGAGCUGGCAAAGCUGCUUUCAGACCAUCACGCCAACACAAUGGAGAACCAGAAGCUACAGAGAGCCCUUGGCCGAAGGGUGCAGGAACUAAGUGACCUUAAUCAAACCAAAGAGCAGCUGGAGAAAGAACUGGAAGACAUGCAGGAGCUGAAGAACAAAGGGGAUAAGGAUGUUAAUGAUCUGAGGAACCAGCUGAAAAAGCUGAAUGGCGAGAUGGCAGAGAAAGAGCAUUCCUUGGAGCAGCAGUACCAAGCGCUGUUGAGCGAGAGCAAGCAGAAAGUACAGAGCCAAGAAAUCACUAUCAAGCGCCUGACCAGCAGUCUAAAUGAAAAGGAUCAGCUGCUCCAGGAAUAUUUGAACCUGGCUAAAGGUGCUGAUCAAGAGAGGAAUCGCAGCCCUGAUGGGAGGGAUGCCAUGCUUGCUAAGUUACGGGAACGUCUGAAAGAGAAAGAAAAAGCGCUAGAGCAAGCUAUUGAUGAGAAAUUUGCUGCCAUUGAGGAAAAGGACAAUGAAAUCAGACAGCUGCAGCUGUCUUUACGAGAGAAGGAGCGCGAUCUUGAAAGACUGAACAACCUUCUUUCUCAUAAUGAGGAGACUAUUAAUAGCUUUGACGGUGUGAUCAAAGAAAAAGAUACAGAGCUGCAACACCUGGUGAAUUCUUGUAAAAACCUUCAGAGGGCUAAGCAGGAACUGGAAGACAACUUGGCACGUGCACUGCGAGAGAAGGAUGCUAUUAUAUCUCAGCUGCAACAAUCACUUGCUAACAAGAGCAAAGACUUGGAGGAAAUGGCAAACACAUUGCUAAACCAGACUCAGAGCAACGUGCGGGACCUUACUGAACAGUUGAGACAACGGUUAAAACUAACCGAGACCAUGUUGGCAGAGGCUUAUAAAGACAAAGAGCGACUGGUAUCUGAAAAUCAAAACGCGGUUGAAGGACUUCUGGCCACUGUCGGCAGCAAAGAUCAACUUCUAAAGGAGUCUGCUGAACAUUAUAACCGCACCUUGGCAGAACAUAAUCUUGAAAUCCAGGAUCUAAGGAGGCAUCUUUCUGAAAAAAAGCAUGAAAUAUCCAUCUUGGAAAAACACAGUUCAGUGAUAACGCAUGAAAAAUACAUCGAAAUUGCAGAGCUCAAAGUGUUGCUCACAGAAAAGGAUACCAUUAUAAACAAACUAGUGGAGAGCGGACAAGAGAGAGAUAAAUACCUGGCUGAGCUGAAAAUGCAGGAAGCUCCCAUACCACGGGUGCUAGAGUUGAAACAGACUAUACAGAUCCUGCAGGAGCAAUUAGAAGAGAAAGAGGCUGAGUUGACACAGAAGAAGGGUGAUGAAAGUGUGGCUAAAAUACCCGUCAUUAAAAAGAGUGCAGUAACUUUGAAAAAAGAAUUGGCACAGAAAACUGAUGACCUGAACAAGGCUUUGAAGAAAGAGAAUGAGUUGCAGAUAGAGGUUGCUGAACUUCGUUCUUUGUUGGCAGAUCUGGAAAAUCGUCAUGAGGCUCAGGCUGCAAAUAUAGAGUCUCUGACGAAAACCUUGGAUGUCAAGGAUGAAAUCAUAAGGGAUUUGCAUACAAGACUGGGAAAACUGCCUAAACACAGCGGAGUGGAACUGCAGACCCAGAGAGGGGUGGUGACAAGGGAAGGAAUACAGAGCCCAGGGAUCCCUCAGAGAGAGGAGACAAUCAUUGGAGGAAACAGCCAGCAGGAGGCUUUGUCCGCUCUGCAAACUGUGCUAUCCGAAUAUGAAGCACUCAACACGGCUCUGAAGGCAGAGCAGCAGCUUUACUCCAGCCUUGUAAGGACAGUGAAGGAGCCAGACAGUGCACAACGCAUCCAUAAUUUACAGAUGGAAUUAACUGCAGUUCAGUUACUGAGGCAGCAGUUGGAAGAGGGCAUCAGAAGUAAUGAAGAUCUGCGAAAGAACUUGGAGAAAGAGCUGCAGCGGGCGAAAAGAAAAGAAGUGACUGAUGCACAGACAGGCCUGAUUGAUCCCAGGGAGGUGGAGACUUUGAAACAUCAGCUGGAGGAUGCUCAGCGCUGGAACACCUCUCUGCAGGCCAGGCUUGGGGAGAUCCAGGGCAGGGGAGGGGGAGUAGGAGGCACAAAUGACACAUCUGACAUCUUCAGUUUUACUGGUGACCAGACCUCCUAUAUGAGUAUAUAUUUGGGAGAGCAUGAUGAAUUAGAGCAGGAUAUAGAAAAUCUUUCCCUACCAGAACUGAGGCGAAAGGUCCAAGAACUUUUGGAGUAUGUGAAAGAGUUGCAAGCAUUCAAUAAGGAUCUUCAGAACAAAGCUUCAUUAACUGAGAACUCAGUCUUGGCUUCUGUGGAGCAAGACAAACAGGAUAUAUUGACAUUGUCUUCACAGAAUAAGCUCCUUGAAAAGAAGCUGGCAGAUGCUGUGAAAAUAAACAAGGCCCUCCAUGACCAGCUAAACAGAGAGGGUCAAAAAUCUACUGAGAAUGUGAUAAAACCCCAAGUUAAAGAUCAAGAGAUUCAAACAUCUCCACAGAAGGAGAGGAUUUCAUCCCCCCAGGGGGACAGAGCUGAACGUCAAGGUAACAAGAGUUCAGGGAUAAAGCCACCUGCGGUAUACAGAAAGGAAUCCACCUCUGCUUCAUCUGAUAGCGAAAAGACGAAGCUGGAUCUGGAGGAUCAGAAUGUAGUUGAAUCAGAACUCAAAGACACAUCUUGCCAGAUGGAGACAAUUGGAAAAGGGCUUAAAACUGCAGAGAAGAAGCCAUGUAAAGAUGAAGGAAAUAAUCAGAAUAUGGAGAUGGAGAUAGCGUCUUUAAGAUCUCCUUUGACUGAAACUGGAUCAGCAUCAGUAAUUGAUCUCAGAAAUGAACUUGCCAGGCUGCAUAAUGAGAAUACUAAUCUCCAAGGCAUUGUGAAAGAAACACAGUCCACAGAGUUCAAAGAAAGCUGUGAUGAUUCAGGAGAUGGAGAAAUCAAAAAUGAUCUAAAUAAAGUGGUGGAAAGGUUAAAAGCAGAAUUAGUGGAUGCCAGAAAAAUUAUCAAACUCCUAAAGGAACAACUGGAGCUUAACUCCUCCAUGGACAGUGAAAACAGUUUUAAUCCAGACCUGAUUGUAAACAUGGCUAAAGAAAUUGAUCGUCUGAAAAAGGAACAUGAAGCCUCCACAAAAAGAAGGGUAAUCCUGGAGAAAAUCCUAAAGGAAAUGGAGGCACAGCAGCCAAGGGGUAUUGAUGAAAGUGACCAGCGAAGAAAUUCACAGGAAACAUUACAACGGCAAGAAGCAAGGAGAUAUGCAACACCUGGGUCCACAACUGGUGCAAAGUCCCGUCUUCCUGUUCCUGUGAAGUCCUCCAAGGCAGCAGUCAAUAAUAAUACUAACAACGGAGCUAAUCGGAACACAGACCUGGACCCACAAGUUGAACAGCUUCAAAGUGCCCUUGAGGAGAAGAACCAAGAGUACAGAGAACUGCAGGAAAGUUUACGCACAGCAGAGCUCACCCUUACACAUCAGAAAGUGAACAAAACGGAAGCUACUCAGACCACAGACCCAAGUAGUGACUCGAUCCUUUAUAAGCAGAUAGAUCAGCUUCAGAAAGCACUUCAGGAAAAGAAUCAACUUAAUAAAGAGCUGCAGGAAUUGCUAUGCAAAGCUGAGUCUGCACUAGCAAGUCAGAAUACUGAUAGAACAGGUCAUCCAUAUAAAGACCUGAGUCAUCAACAGGAAGAGAAGCUUCAGAAAGCCCUUCUGGUAGAUCAAUUCCAGAAAGGUUUUCAGGAGAAGAAUGAGCUUAACAGACAACUUGAGGAAAGGUUAUCUGGAGCAGAGGCACGUCUGAAUGUGAACAGAACUUCAACUAGUACGAACACAGACCUGGACCUUCACCAGUUGCAGAAAGCUCUUCAGGAGAAGAAUCAGAUUAACAAAGACUUGUUGGAAAGACUACAUGGGGCAGAGUCUAUCAUAGAACAUCUAAAUGGUAAUAAAGGUGUAGCUAAUCAGAACGAAGACAUGGAACUUCAUCAGCAGGUUAACCAACUUCAGAAAGCCCUACGGGAGAAGUGUGAACUUAACAAGAAACUUGAGGAAAGACUAUAUGAAGCAGAGUCCACCUUGACAGUUCUGAAUGCUAACAGAGCUUCAGAUAGUACAAACAUAGACCUGGACCUUUGCCAGCUGCAAAAAGUCCAUGAGAAGAAUCAAAUCAACAAAGACUUGCUGGAAAGGCUACACAAGGCAGAGUCAACCAUAGAACAUCUGAAAUCUAGUAGAGCUGUGGCUAAUCAGAAUACAGACGUCAAUCUUUCUCUGCAGGUAGAUCAGCUUCAGAAAGCCAUUUUGGAGAAGAAACAACUUUACAAAGAGCUUCAGGAAUUUCUACAGACAGCAGAAUCUACCCUAGAGGCCCACAAUGCUACUGGAACUUCAGCUAGUCCAAAUAAAGAACUGGCUCUUCAUCAACAGGUAGAUCAGCUUCAGAAAGACCUUCAAGAGAAUAAUUACCUUUACAAAGAGUUACACGAGUUACUGAGCAUAGCUCAGUUGACAAUUGCAUAUCAAAAUACUAACUGGACUUCCACUGGUCCAAACACAGACUUGGAACUUCAUCAGCAGGUAGAUCAACUCCAUAAAGGUCUUCAGGAGAAAAAUGAACUGAACAGUCGACUUCAGGAAAGGCUGUCUAGUGCAGAGGCACGUUUGAACGUGAAGAGAAUUUCAGCUAGUACAAACACAGACCUUGAUCUUUACUGGUUACAGAAAGCCCUUCAAGAGAAGAAUGAACUUAACAAACACCUUGAGGAAAGACUAGGCACUCCAGAGGCAAUUCUGAAUAUGAACAGCAAUUCAGCUAGUACGAACACAGACCUGGACCUUCACCAGCUGCAAAAGGUUCUUCAUGAGAAGGAUCAAAUCAACAAAGACUUGCUGGAAAAACUACACAGGGCAGAGUCUACUGUAGAACAUCUGAAAUCUAGCAGAGCUGUUGCUAACCAGAAUACAGACCCAAGUCUUUAUCUGCAGACAGAUCAGCUUCAGAAAAAUAUUUUGGAAAAGAAACAACUUUACGAAGAGCUUCAGGAAUUACUGCAGACAGCAGAAUCUACCCUAGAACGCCAGAAUUCUACUGGAACUUCAGCUAGUCCAAUUAAAGAACUGGAUCUUCAUCAACAGGUAGCUCAGCUUCAGAAAGUCCUGCAGGAGAAGAAUUACCUUUACAAAGAGUUGCAUGAGUUACUGCAUGCAGCUCAGUUGACCAUUGCAUGUUUAAAUGCUAACCAAACUUCAGCUGGUCCAAACACAGAGUUGGAAUGUCAUCAGCAGGUAGAACAGCUCCAGAAAGCUCUACAAGAGAGGAAUGAUCUCAACAGACAGCUUGAGGAAAAACUAUCCGGAGCAGAGGCACGUCUGAAUGUGAAGAGAACUUCAGCUAGUACAAACACUGACUUGGACUUUCACCAGUUGCAGAAAGCCCUUCAGGAGAAGAAUCAGAUUAACAAAGACUUGCUGGAAAGAGUACACAGAGCAGAGUCUGUCAUAGCACAUGUAAAUAGUAAAAAGGGUGUAGCUAAUCUGAAUGAAGAUAUGGAACUUCACCAGCAGAUUGACCAGCUUCAGAAAGCAGUUCGGGAGAAGAAUGAACUUAACAAACAACUUGAGGAAAGACUGUGCGCCACAGAGGCACUUCUGAAUGUGAACAGAACUUCAGCUAGUACGAACACAGACCUGGACCUUAGCCAGCUGCAAAAUGUCCUUCAUGAGAAGACUCAAAUCAACAAAGACUUGCUGGAAAAACUACGCAAGGCAGAGUCUUCAGUAAAACAUUGUAAUGCUUAUGGUGCUGUAGCUAAUCCGAACAUAGAUCUGGACCUUCAACAGCAAGUGGACCAGCUUCAGAAAGCCCUGCAGGAGAAGAAUGAAGUUAACAAGCAACUUGAGGAAAAGCUGUCUGGAGCAGAGUCCACCAUAACAGUUAUGAAUCCCAACAUAACUGUAGCUGGUCAAAACACAGACCUUCACCAGCUGCAAAAAGCCCUCCAGGAAAAGAAUGAACUUAACAAGAAACUUGAGGAAAGGCUGUCUGCAGCAGAGUCCGCCUUAACAGUUCUGAAUGCUAACAGGGCUUCAGGUAGUACAAACAUAGACCAUGACCUUCACCAGCUGCAAAAAGUCCUUCAUGAGAAGAAUCAAAUCAACAAAGACUUGCUGGAAAGGCUACACAAAGCAGAGUCAACCAUAGAACAUCUGAAAUCUAGUAGGGCUGUUGCUAAUCAGAAUACAGAUGUCAAUCUUUAUCUGCAGGUAGAUCAGCUUCAGAAAGCCAUUUUGGAGAAGAAACAACUUUACAAAGAGCUUCAGGAAUUACUACAGACAGCAGAAUCUACCCUAGAGGCCCACAAUGCUACUGGAACUUCAGCUAGUCCAAAUAAAAAACUGGAUCUUCAUGAACAGGUAGAUCAGCUUCAGAAAGACCUUCAAGAGAAUAAUUGUGUUUACAAAGAGUUACAAGAGUUAUUGCGUGCAGCUCAGUUGACCAUUGCAUGUCUAAAUGCUAACCAAACUUCCACUGGUCUAAACACAGACUUGGAUUGUCAUCAGCAGUUAGAUCAACUCCAGAAAGGUCUACAGGAAAAGAAUGAACUUAACAAACAGCUUGAGGGAAAGCUGUCUGGAUCAGAGGCAUGUCAGAAUGUGAUGAGAACUUCAGCUAAAACAAAAACUGACCUUCAGCAGCUGCAGAAAGCCCUUCAGGAGAAGAAUCAGAUUAACGAAGACUUGCGGGAAAGACAACACAAGGCAGAAUCUUUUAUAGAACAUCUGAAUGCUAAUAGAGGUGUAACAAAUAGCAAUACAGAGCUGGAAGUUCACCAGCAGGUAGAGAAGCAGCAGAAAGCCCUUCAGAAGGUGAGUGAAGUUAACAAACAACUUAAGGAAAGACUAUGUGCUACAGAAGAACUUCUGAAUGAAACCAGAACUUCAGCUAGUACAAACACUAACCUGGACCUGCAGCAGCUUCACAAAGCCCUAAAGGAGAAGAAUAAACUUAACAAACAACUUGAGAAAAGGCUAUCUGAAGCAGAGUCCACCUUUGCAAUGGAAUGUUAUCAACGUCAAAAAGACAUCCAGGAGAGAACUGAAAUUAACAAAGAGCUACAGGAGAGAUUACGUGAGGCAGAGUCUACCAUAGAAUGUCUGAAUGAUAAUCCUAACCCAGACACACACCUUCAUCAAAUGGUAGAUGAGCUUCGAAAAACCCUUCAGGAAAAGAACCAAUUUUGCGAAAAGCUGAAGGAAAGAUUAUUCACAGCAGAAUCUACCACAUCCCAUCUGAAUCCCAACAUAGCUGUAAAGAAUGAGAACCCAGGCAUAGACCACCUUCAGCAAGUAGAUCAGCUGCAAAAAGCCCUACAAGAGAAGACACAAAUUAUCAAGCAACUUCAGCAAAGGCUACACACAGUGGAGUCCGCCGUAACCCAUCUGAGUGCUAACAGAGCUGUAACUAAACAGAGCACAAACUUGGACCUUCAAAAGCAGGUAGACCAGCUCCAGAAAGCUCUUCAGCAGAAAAAGCAAAUUAACGAGGAGCUGCUGCAAAGACUGUGCACUGCAGAUUCCACCAUAGCACAUCAGAAUUCUAAUCACACAAUGUGUGAAGCCGGGACUUCUUUGGAACAUGAUGACAAAGAGGUUCAGGUGGAUUUGCAAGACCUUGGUUACGAAACCUGUGGAAAGAGUGAAAAUGAAGUGGAUAGGGAAGAAAACCGUAGUACAGAAAAUGAUAAUCGGCUUAAAGAACACAUGAAUGAAGCCAGCCUCCCAUCCCUGCUCAAAAGAGAUGGACAAUUCUUCUCUAUGGAGAAUCUUGAUACAAACUCGUCAACCUCUUAUCCAAGUUCUCCCUGUCUGAGCUCACCCAAAAUCAGCACGAAGAGCCUGCAAAUCUAUGAUGACUAUGGUUUUACAGACGACUUGGGCGAGCUCAAGCAGCAAGUUAUGGAACUGAAAACAAAACUGGAGAAUUAUCAGAGGGUUAUUCACCACCUGCAGAGUCUUCACCGUAGAAACUCCCUGUCAAGUGAUCUCUUGACCAUUGGGUCAGAACCAGGCCAGCAGACCACAGUGAUGCUCCAGGAAGAACAUGGAGAUUUAGAAAAGGAUGGCCAAGAGAUGUGUUCUCACAAGUCUUUGGGUCUGUUUAGCCAAGACCACAGCCAGAUUGGAAACUUUCCUUUAGGCCAUGAUGAUGAAGACAAGCAGAUGCUGAAGGAUGAGAUAGCAAGCCUUAAGAUUGAACUUGACAAGGAGAAGGCCUCAAACAAGAAUAUUUUGGAACAGUUGCAUCAACUUCAAUCAAAAAUCAGAUCAGCAUCCCCAGCUAGGUUUGAUUCGCUGGUGCAGUCCCAGGCUCGAGAGCUGUCACAGCUCAGGCAGAAGAUGAAGGAUUCUCGCAGCCUGGGCAUGCUGCACCAUCACCAGCUGGAGGAUCUCAACAGGUCCUUUGAAGAGCUACUGCAGGCCAGUGAUGUGGAUUACUAUGUGGGGAAAGCUUUCCGGGGGCAACUGGACAAGAGCCUUUUAGUGCUUGAAAAGCUAGAAGACCAGCUUGAGUGCGGGGGUGGGUAUGCAGACAACGAAGACAACACACUUCUUGAAUUUGCAGAAAGUCCUGAAAGCCUAAAGCAUGAAAUAACCUACCUCCGAAAACAACUUGACAGUGAGAGGAGGCAGCUGCAAAAGCAGCUGAAAGAUCUUGCGAGACACAACCAGAACUUAGCCCAAGCCACGGAGGAACAGCUAGAUGUGCUUUCAAGGGAGGUGCAGGAGAAGAAUAAGGUGAUCCAGCAGCUUCAGCUGCAGAUCAGGAGCCAGUCAAUAGAGCUGUCUACUAGCCACAACUCCUCUGAUUCAGAAGCUUCCGACAGAAAUAGGACUCUGGAUAACAGAUCAGACGCUCUGCAUGCGCUCCAGUGUUUUGAAGGGAAAUACGGCCAAUGCCGAGCAUCUGAAGGGACAAAACUGCCUUACUUUCAGCAGGAGACUGCACAGCCACCUGGUAUUAUCAGUGCCUCCACUGGGAAAGCAGCUGUUCCGGGUAAAGAGAAUGGAGCUGGCAGUCGCAGACAGUCACAGACGCUGCUCUCCACCGACGCACCGAUCUUGGAAAUUAAAGGCAGCCUGGCCCAGCAGCAGUAUUUACAAGGGCUGCAGAAAGAGAACAGCUUGUUACAGGAGAAGCUGAAAAACAGCGAGCAGCUGAAUGAGACUCUGCGCACCGAAGUGGAUCUGCACCGCUCGAUCAUCAAGAACAGAGAGGACACCGGGGGAGAGAGAGGCUUGUCACCUAAACCUCUGGACAGGUCCUCAAGAGAAGACAGGGCCAGCGCAGGACUGACAGAAAGCAGGAAUGAGCCGUCUGGACUGGUGAAUACAGACCUGCUUGCAGAACAUCUUCAGGAAAUCCGUAGUCUGAGGCAGCGCUUAGAGGAGUCCAUCCGAACGAAUGACCGGCUAAGGGAGCAGCUUGAGCGCAGGCUGGCCGAAGCUGAACCGGACCCAGCUUCUACGAAUAUAUUUAUCCACGGAUCAGAGGAGCAAGGACAGCUGGCCAACGAGGUCCAUUUCCUCUGGAGACAAAACCAGACACUCAAGGACCAGCUAUCAUUGGGAUCGAGAGAUAAGCAAAAGGAGAAUGAAAAGCUCAGAGAGUCCCUCGCAAAGAAAAAUUCCAAACUGGAGUAUCUGCGAAAUGAAUACGAGCAUGUAAAGAAGGAGGGCGUCCACCUGGAAAACAAAUUCAGAGGGAGUCUGGAAGAAAACAAGCGCCUGAAAGAGGUGCUGCACCACAGUCGAGAUGAAAUCAACAGGUUGCACUCUGAAAUAGGCAUACAGAGGCAGCAGCUUUCUGACAGCCAGCAUCUCCUGCAGUCCCUCCGAGUGGAGCUGCAGGUAUAUGAACAAAUGAAGGUAGCCAGUGACAAAAGGACAGUUUCAGAUGCCACAUCGGGACAAACGCAGGACAUGUCAGCACCCAGCCAUGGGCCACUUGACUUGAGUGAGCUGUUGUCAGAAAUCCGUCACUUAAGAAUCCAGCUCGAGAGGAGCAUUCAGACAAACAAUGCGCUGCGACAGAGGCUGGAGGAACAGCUGCUGAGGGGGCAAGGGAAAGUGGAGGGAUACCCUUCAACCAUCAACAUCAACUACCUCCUGAGCGGAGAGCAGAGACAUUCCGUCCUCAGCAAUUAUGGAGAUAAUGGUUCUAAAUCGCCAGCACAGGAUGAAAACUUUCCUCAUCCUUCUUUCCAUGGAUCUCCAAAAUCUGGGAGGUCUCCUCCCAACUGGGAUGGUGCAAAAGCAUUGCACAGUGACUAUUCAGGUGUUUUUAUAAGCGAAAUGAAACCCCAUCCAAAGGAUGAGCUGGACUCUGCGUCACAGUGCAGUGGCAGCUCUGCUGACAGCACCACACAUACUCCCUCUCGUCUCGUCCCAGGACAUCGCUUAUGGGCGAGCAGAAGCGGCCGGCAUAUACUCGGCUUGAUCGAGGAUUACAAUGCUCUCCACAAGCAGAUUUCAGAGGGGAAAAUGUUAACCUGUGGAAUGGAAAGUAACCUCCAGGAGUGCUUCCAUACCAUUUCACAGCAAGGGACAGAAUCGAUGGUACUUGAUCGACGGUUCUUAAAAGGCUUCUCCUCAGAUGUUAAUAAAAUGCAGCAGAUUCUGGAGGAAGCCAGUCGUUUGCUGAAGCUGCUGUGGAAGGUUUCACUGCCAGCUAACACAUCCAACAGCAGCAGCCAGAACUACCAGGAUGAAAUGAUGAGGACUGAAAUUGCUAGACUGCGCAGCAAACUGUCCCAGCAGGAGAGGAUGCUGAACGGAACAGUCAGGCGCCUCCGAUCCACCAAUCGACUCAAAGAGGGAAUGGAGAAAGUGAUCAUUGAUCAAUUGGCGGUGACCCACAAUGUGUUGAAGAAAGCUAGAGGUAAUUUAGAGAUUCAGCCCCUACAGGAAGCCUCAGUAAAUGCAAAUUAAUCUGUGGGAUCGACAAAGCUGCCUUCAAAUGUUUUUACAGCAGACAGACCUGUUCAUCUGUGGAUCAAAAAAUUGACAUUUUAGAAUCUUCCCAAUGGAGCUAUUAAGACUUUGUAAGAUGUCACCAAGAUGGGAUAUAUAUAUAUAUAUGUGUGUAUAUAUAUAUAAUGCUUUUAAUAUUUUAACAAUGCUUAAGAAAAGAGAAAAAAUUGUUAAGUUCAAGUUACAUUGUUGAAAUACUUUUGAUAUUGUAAAGUGUGCUUUUAUUAACGUACUGUAAAAAAAAAAUUAUGUACAUUUUGCAAAAAUGUUUAGUUUGAAUGGUUUAGAGUACAUUUUUACUUCUUUAACAUACCUACUGCCUUGCUUUCAGUUCAAAGCAUUGUUUGUAUCAUGAAGCUGUUGUGUUUCAGGAUUUUACGAUUUUAUUUUUUCUUCAAACAUUUUUACAUAGAAAACAUACCUACUUAAUUUUAAAUGAGUUUCUAAUUUGUACCCCUGGAACUGUCUGCUUUUUUUAAAGAGACAGUUCAUGUGUCAAAGGUACGACUAUGUCAAUGUGUAUGAACAACUUCACAUUAAAAUCAAAAUUAAGUUUGAAA